AUGUUGCAGUAUCCUGUUCUUCGUCCGCUUUCGUCGCCAAAGGUCAAACGUUCAGUCGCCACAGACCAUCACCACUUCGCCAGCUCCAAUGGUGACAAUACCCGUAAUGAACCCCGUCCCUUGACCACCAAGCGUGUCUACAAAGAUGCGUUUGUGACGCCUCAAUAUACUGGUCAACCUCCCCCUCUUCCUAAUUUCUUUUCUUCCCGUCCUAAUCCUUCCUCUUCUCCUACCACCGCUUCCCCAAAGCUGCCCCGGAACCUGCAUAUCUCGUCUCGGCAGGCCUCUAUCGCUGUUCCCGUUCCUCGUUCUGCCUCUUCAAAAUCCCCAGCCAGCUCCCGUCCUUCCUCGACCAUCGGUGACGUCCUUGUCCCAGGCGAUGCCGUCGGUGUAGGCGCGAUGCUUCAGGGUCAAGUAGUGCGGCUUGUCUCUAUCGGUGCCAACCCUUCUGGGCCUCCAGACUCUCCCAAUGUCGAGGAGCCUGCCCAGGAGUUCGAAGUCGUUCGUCGUCUCGGCGCUGGCAGUUACGCAGUCGUUUAUCUAGUGCGAGAAGUCCUUUAUCGUCCUCCGCCCUCUGAGGAUGGCCAUCCCACGACCGUCGGUACAAUGGACAUUGAUGAUUUGUCCGCUUCCCGCAACCCUUCAACCGUCUAUGGGCGCGAAUUUGCCAUCAAGUGCUUAUCUAAAGCGAACCUCGACGAGGAGGCGCUAGCAGCACAGAUGUCAGAGGCUACUAUUCACCAGUCCCUCGCUUCGCAUCCCAACAUUGUCACCCUCUAUCGCACUUUUGAAACUUCUUCUUUUCUCCUUCUUCUCCUGGAGUACGUCCCCGGUGAAGACCUAUUUUAUUUUCUCGAACAAGCCCGCGAUCAUUAUGAAGCCGACUCUCCAACCUGUACUGAUCCUUCCCCCACGUCGUCACGAACACCCCCUACUCCUAGUCUACUUUCAAAUCUGCAUCCGUCCCAACUUCUUUCUCGAACGCGCCUUCGCCUCAUAGCAUCUAUGUUCUCCCAGAUGUGUGAUGCUGUCGCCGCAUGCCACGCGCAGCAAGUCUACCAUCGCGAUAUCAAGCCAGAAAACUUUAUCGUCACCGAUGGUUGGACUACUACCAGCGAUGGCCGACAGGAACGCAAAGUCAUCGUCAAGCUUACUGAUUUUGGCCUGUCGACCACUGAUGUCGACUCGUCUGACAUGGAUUGCGGCAGUGCGCCUUACAUGAGUUAUGAAUGCAGAAAUAAUGUAGCCCCUACGUAUCGCCCUCGAGCUGCUGAUGUUUGGUCGUUAGGCAUCGUGCUCAUCAAUAUGUUGUAUCAUUAUAACCCCUGGACAGACACCUCUCAAGGAGCCUGUAGUUCUUUUGACAUUUUUCGACUGUCUCCGGUCAACUUCUUUACGCAACGAUUCACAGGCAUGACGCGUCCAGUUGCGGAGAUGCUCGCCAACCGAGUUUUCAACGUUCUUGAUGAUUUCGGUGACGAUUCAAAACGCAUCUCAGCUCCUGACUUUGGAUUAUGGGCAAAAGAUCUUCCGGACUUUCUUGGGACUCACCCCAUGCCGUCCCACCAACGUGGUGUCUCCGUUAGUUCCACUCAGGGGCACCCCAUUUCCUCCUCUGUACCACCAUCACACCGCCCAUCGUCUAGACAGGCCUCCAAAGCCCCUUCGUCCAUACGGACACCUGCCAUACCCAUUCGGUCGCUCUCACGCGCUCCGUCACUUGAGCCUGCAUAUGAGAGGCCGGAGGCUUCCGAAUUAUCGACGGUCAUCGAUCAAGAAGUCGAAGAGCAGGAAGAAAUGGAGCAAGUUAGUGCCCAAGGUAUCUUGAUGACCUCACGCUCGACGUCGACCAACAAGAGGCGGAAGCGUGGGGCACGAAAGGGUAAGGGAGCGACUGCGGCGACGCCCACGACGCCCAGUCUGAAAGACGACACACUGGAGACGCUUGCGGUUGCAUCCCAGUCUCUGGCAAGAGAGAUCAGCAAAGCCUCAAAAGCGCCGUCUGUGACCUCGUCUCACAAGUCCAAGACUUCUGAUACGUCGAGUCGUCGCUCGCGCAGCACCCCGUACGAGCCCGUCUCGAUGUAUGCAUUACCCACUCCCUUACUGUCGAAACCUAGACCUAUGGCUGCACCGCCGCAACCUCCGUCGCCGGCCUUGCCGCCUCCACCCAACAGUGUGCAUGUGUCGACGUCGACCACAUCGCUGCAUGUACCUGUGAAGAAGCCGUCCAAGUGGAAGCUGAGCUUUGGGAAAGCGAGUUCGACCAACCUGGCCUCUGCUGCAGCGAACGGGCGAAUGUCACCACUGGAGGAGCCGUCCGUGCCGUCGUUGAAAUCUAUGGACGUGAGUGUAGCGCCAAUGUCGGCAACGGCGAGCAAUGUGACGUCGUUGAUCAUGAGUCUGGAUGCGCCUGUCGUGCAUUCGACGUCGGUGUCAGAUGAACCAUGGGGCAGGGGCCGCCGUGCGCGUGGAUCGCGGUCACCUCAUGGUUCCCAACCGAGCCGGAGUCCGAACCCGCCGCCUCUUUCCCAUCACCAGGGACUGUCUCCGAACCCGAGUGUCGAACGCUGGGUACACGAUACGGCUGGGGGCCGCUCGAACCGGGGUGUCUCUCCGAACAGCACGCGUAGCGGACGUCCUUUGGCGUCGAGCGCGAGCUCGAUGACGUCUGGUAACUGGCGCAAUUCGAUGAGUACGACGAGCUCGAGUGCAGGUACUUCGACGAGUGCGUUUACGAGGUAUAGCAAUGCGAGCAUGAGGAGUGUGUCUACUACUGCGACGAGUGUAUCUGCGACGAGUUGGAGAACGGGCAAGGGCCCGCCGCCACCAUCUUCGCAUUCGUCUAGUUAUCUUUCCCAAGGAGUUCCAAAGAACGUCAAGAUCAUGGAUGGUGUGCCAUGGGAGCUGGACCAGCUGCCUCGUGGUCAGUAUCCCAACCCAGAAGGAGAUCUUUUUGGUUCGCCGCCGGCGCGAAAGCAACGGUCGCGCAAGCCCAAAGACGUGCACCUGGACACGAUCUCUGAGGACCGUCGGCGGGAUGCGACGACGAGCACGACGUCUCUGGCGCUUGGCGAUGGCUCUGGUGACGAGGAUGGGUAUCCUAAGAAGGUUCAGCGGGGACAGAUCAACGCGUUGGCGAAGAUGUUGAGCGCAUUGAGACGGUAG